AUGACAAAACGCCCCAUCAUCCUCGACUUCGACGGCACAAUCACAACACAAGACACAAUCACCACCCUCGCCCACCUAGCCAUAACCCACCAAGCCUCCCAUGGUCUCAACCUCCAACCAGCAUGGGGCACUAUUGUCUCAUCAUACAGCCUCGAUCUCUCCUCCCACAUAGCUCAUUACCACCCCACGGUAGAAGAGCGAAAAACACUGAAGCAAGAAAUCGAAUACUACAGAAGUCUGAAAAAUGUAGAGAGUAAAAGUUUUGACCGCGUUAGCGCUUCGGGGAUUUUUAAGGGCUUUGGGGCGACGGAUGAGCGUGCACAAUACGCAGCUAUCGUUGAUGAUAUCCUAGCAUCUGUUGAUUUGAAGACGGUUAAUACGAGGCAAGUGAGAACGGGAUUGGCUGCAAGGCUUGGGGUUGAUUUGGAGGGUCAGAAGUGGGGUGUUCAGGAAAUGCUGCAAGAUUUAAUCACAGAGAGAUUUGAUGUUGCAAAUCAGGCUGCUGGUGGUCCGGCUCCUUCUACCAAGAUAAAGGGUCCUCCUAAGGCGUGGCCGCUUGGGGAAUGGCAUCGUUUCGGGGUUGAUGCGGUGAUGGGUGGGCUUGUGGAGGGGAGGAAAGGCAUUAAGGAGUUCGGGAACAUGGCUGCUGGUCAGGGGACGGCGUGUGGUAUUGUCUCGGUGAAUUUCUCGAGGGACUUCGUGAGAGGGGUCGUCAGUGCGGUUUGCCCUGGGCUUGCGGGUAUGGACGUUGUGGCGAAUGUUCCUAAUGCAGCUGGUGUGCUCGAGGGCUUCGAUGUCUAUGGUAAAGGUCAUCCGAAGGAGGUGAUUGUAACGUCGGAUGGUAAACUUGCGGCUAUGAAAGAGUUGUUGGGAUAUUGGCGGAAGCAGGGAGAAGUAAAUGGGGAAGAAGCGCCACAUCCGAUUUAUGUCGGGGAUUCAGGGACGGACCUGGAAUGUUUAAUGGAAGAUGGGGUUAUCGGGAUCGUGAUGACGGGAGAUGGAGAAAGCGCUUUAAUGCAGACUUUCAACCGGAUUGGCGUGAAAGUCAUUCCCAUCGGAGAGUUUCGAGAAAGCGAAGAGACAUCUGUGUAUUGGGCUCGAGACUUCACAGAGAUCAUGCAAAGCCCUUUAUUCAGCGAUUCACGAGAACAGAUAACCUAA